AUGCAGCCAUGGCCUAAGCGCUUGCCAGGGACUGGUCGGCCGGUCAGGGUGCCGACAGGUGAAGCCUUGCCAUCCGCGUCUUCUGCGGCAGUCCAGCGGGCCACUGUGCGCGCAGAAGCGACAGCCAAGAGCCGCAGCAGAAAGAGAAAGGCCGCUGCGGCGGCGCCAGACAGUUCAAAGUCGCAGGCGACGAAGAGGGUACGUUCGAGUUUUGGCGCUCGAGAUGCUGCUCUCGAUGUCGGUGCGGUGGCGCAAAGGCUCGCAGCGGGCCGCUCAAGCCGCAACUACGUGCUUCUACUCCAGACCUCUUUGCUCAGUGCGAUCUCGACGGAGCAGUUGACUUCUCUGCCUGCCGUCCGUGGUUUGACAGCAACAUGGCAAGGGCAGGAUGUCCUGGUGCUGGAUUCUUUCAUGGUGCGGGGUUGCCCAAGGAAUGAUGUGGCCAUUCUUCGUCUUGCGGCCGCUGGGCAGUGGGUGCUCGGAGAUGUCGUAACGUGUAGGUCAGCAGAGUUGUCCAGUGUGCGCUUGCAGCACGAGGUUGUAGAGGUGGCGCGGGGCCGCGUGGUCGUGAAAGAGUUCUGCGAUGCUGCCGAUCCUGCCCAAGCAGUGCACCGCGCCAGGGCCAAGGCCGCUGAGGCUGCGUCUGUUUCUGAAAGCAGGACGCUUAGCUGGAUGUCAGCGCAGCCGCAGCCGCUCGCUCGAAGAUCGCUGAAGCCAGCAGCUGCAGAGCUGCAUGAAAAACGCUUUCCGGGUCACCGGGUGCUGCCUCGCGCAGACCGUCAGCGCUUUGAGUUUACACUAGAUGUGCCUUGCCCCCAAAUUUGGGAUAUGACCCCGUGGCGGUGCCGCAGCUGCGACUCCGAGACUUGGCAGGUGACACCUGCCGACAUGGAUGCCGAGUGCUCUCGUUUGGGCCUAGGCGCAGUGAUUCGCUGCGAGGAUACUAGGCACGGCAAGGUGUCUGCCUCUCCCUUGCUUCUGUUUUGGCUGCUCUUCAUGUUGUACAGCAACUUGAAUUUGCAUGCAGUGCGAAGGAAGCUACUGGAUCUGUAUUCAGCCUCCGUGCUGCAUGCCGCCCAGAUGACUCCGUCCCUUUCAGAAGCAGCGCAACUACGUUGGAUUUUGAUGUGCGUCCCAGACCACCAUGCCAUUAAGGAUAUAUUGCUGAAGUGCUUUGAAGGUUACGUGCAAAAGAGAGUGGAUCUCAUGCAGGAGCGGCAGUGUGUCUACAAUGGGCAACUGAUCCGUGGAGACGGUAACUAUGAUCUUGCGAAGGCUGUUGUCUCUAUGGUUGAUGGUAAGAGGACCCACAGGUACUCCGUUGCUUUGGGCUGGUGCGGGGUCGAUGGCAGCUUGUUGGCGCCGGUGUCCUUGGCUGAAGCGGAGUCCUGGCCCUGCGUUGAGGCGUCCUUGGGCCCGCUGUUAAGGAAGAUCAAGCGCGCCCGGCUGCAGGCCGGAUUCAGCUUACAAGAGUCUUUGCCGUGCUUCCAUGCCACGGACUCGUCUCACAAGCAUCGGCAAAAGCUUUGCAAGCUCUACGGCCGUGUGUGGCAGGAUCUGCGGGUAGAGGGACGAGCGCCCACCCGCUGCAAAGAUGCUUAUGGUAAGAUUGCCGUUGCUUCCGAGGAUGGUAGCCUUGCUAGGUGGCUGUUUCGUGUCACGGGGGAGCCCAUGCACGAUUUGUUUGCUCUGCGCCGCAUUGCGUCCCCAGCCGCGAACGAUUGCCGGUGCUUUCUGAAGGACCACGAAAGUUUGAUUCUGAGGCUCAACGCUCCUCCUCGCCCUAGUCAGGCGGCAUCUGGCGCCACGGCCGCAGACUUGGCCGUCACGCACGCAGCUCAGGAGUUAUUGCGCGCGUGUGUGAAAGAAUCGGCGGCAAAAGUGGCAGAGGCGGUGGCGAGUGCACCUGCAGAAGCGCAGGAGCUGCGUGCGCUGCUUGCUUGCGAGAACGGUCAGGACCACGAGGUUUGGCCCGCCCUUUUCAAAGCCGCUCCUCCGCAUGGCGUGCUUGCGCGCGCAGCGAGGCUGCUGGGGGCAACGCUGCCGGCCAAGCAUGGGUACUACAAUUAUCAGAGCAAGGAAGACUUUCUCGAUGAGGUUCGGCGCAUGGAAGCGUGGUAUCGGGAACCUAGGAGGGACGCUAGACGAAGACGUGGCAUUGAUCGAAGGCAAGUUCCAUCCGCGGAAGUGAAAGGGAGAGCGAAAGUGUGGACUGCAAAGGUUGCAGCUCAUUAUUCGCGCCUCCGCGCGCCUGUCAGGCUGCAAGGCCUCAUGCGCUGGCGGGAAGCUGCUUUAGCGCUGCACGCAGCAGGCAUUGAGUCGCACUCUGGGACAAUCCCUGUUGAGCGGCUGUGGGCGAACAUCGGCAGGUUCAUUCCAAAGGAAGCAACGAACAUCAGUGAGGCUUGGUGGUCUUUCCUAUCCAACCUGGCAUUCUUGCGAUUCAAUUACCGCCACUUCCACAAACAUGGAUUGCCCGGCUGGGCCCGGGAAGACACGCUGGUGCACGAACAGGUAGAAGGCGUCAUGAAGUUGGCGGAGGCAGUCUUGUUCGGAGGCGAGGAGUCGUUGGCCGUGGAGCUGGGCGCUUGGGCAACUAGCAUGGGCUGCGGUCAGCCAAGUCUAGCGUCUUCAGGGCAAGAUGAUGUGGAGGCGGAAGCCGCGAGCACGCCAGACUUGUACUGCCGAGUGCUAAAGCCAAUGUGGUGCCGCGCCUUGGCGAGCGGAGAAAAGAUGUUUGAGGCCCAGAGCUACAGGGAGAAAAAAGGCAACGCCAUGAAAUUCGCCAAAGCUGGAGUGUGGGUUUUGUUUGGAGAAAGCGGCUCGGAGCAAGUGGCUGGGGCUGCUGUGCUGGCAGGCCCAGCAAUGCGAAAUAUCAAGCUCGCCGAGAUCCAGGGCCGUGUGGGCUCUUUGCCUCAGCACUUGCAGGCCCCUUUCUCCGAGUACAUAGCAGGGGCAGUUAAGGUUGAUUUGGUUGACGUGCAGAUCGUCUAUGACCUGAGGCCUCUAUCUUUGAGCUGGGGGCAAGUAGCCGCCAUGUUGAAAUGCAAAGUGUCCCGCAACAUCGGUUUCACCAGAGUGAGAUGCCAGGAUGAAGCAGCUUGGCAGCGGUUCCGCGAACUCGUGGCAGACGAGAGGGUCCCGAUUCGGGAGGGCCCGCCGCGCGCGUAA